UCGUUUAGUCUUCCAUCGACGGUGAUACGACGAAUAUUCGUGAUUCUCGCGAGCGUUUUUCGAUCAUACAAUAAAUAGAUUUUCAUUAGUGCGUUUCCCGAUUAUACGAUAAAUACGAGGCUUGCUUCCUUGAAAUAUUUAAGAACCGAACCACAAUGUCAGACAGCAUAAAAGUGGCUAUUAAAGUCAGGCCUCUCAUCAAGCGAGAAAAGGAUGAAAAUUCAUCGACACACUGGGUCACCAGUGAAAACGCCAUUGUAGCUAUCGAUCCUGAAGUUAGAAAGCGAUCUGAUGGUAGAUUCGAGUUUGAUCAUAUUUUUGAUACGAACGCCAAUAACAACGAUGUAUUUAAUGUUGUAAAGCCUAUUGUCGAUGCUGCUGUAAAUGGAUUUAAUGGCACAGUGUUCGCUUAUGGACAGACAAGUUCUGGUAAAACUUAUACCAUGAUGGGUACUCUGGAAGAACCUGGCAUAGUACCUUUGGCUGUUGAGCAUAUAUUUGAUGCAAUAACCGAUAUUCCAGGACGGGAGUUUUUAUUAAGAGUAUCAUACCUAGAGAUUUAUAAUGAAAAAGUUAAUGAUCUCUUAAACAAAAACCAAGACAAAAACUCAACAGAUUUGAAAGUACAUGAAGAUGUAAAUGGUCAAGUAUUCGUAGAGUGUAAGGAAGAAGUUACAAAUAGUCCAGAGAAUGUUUUAGCAAUAAUGAAUAAAGGCAAUAAAAGCAGAAGAAUAGGCGAAACAAACAUGAAUGAGCGAAGUAGCAGAAGCCAUACGAUAUUUAGAAUUACGAUUGAAAGUCGUGAGGCUGAUGCAGGUUCAGAUAGUGCAAUACAAGUUUCCCAAUUAAAUAUGGUUGAUCUAGCUGGUUCAGAAAGAGCUCGUCAGACAGGUGCUACUGGAGAACGUUUCAAGGAAGGACGUCAUAUUAACUUAUCACUUUCAACAUUGGCCUUAGUAAUAAAACAAUUGAGUGAAUCACAAGACUAUGUAAAUUUUCGAAACAGUAAAUUAACAAGAUUACUUCAAACUUCUUUGGGUGGCAACGCAAUGACAGUGAUGAUAUGUGCAGUAACACCAGCUGCAUUAGAUGAGACUCGAUGCACAUUAUCGUUUGCAUCUAGAGCUAGAAAUGUAAAAAAUAACCCUAAAUUGAACGAAGUUAUGUCUGACGGUGUACUUUUAAAACGAUAUGCAAAACAACUAGAUAAAUUACACACAGAAUUAGAGAGAAUGAAACAGUUAACUCAAACAACUGAUUUUCAAAAAAUGGAAUCUAAAAUCCAAGAGAAAGAUCGUAUUAAUCAGAAUCUAGAAGAGCGUAUUAGAUUACUGCAAACUCGGAUUAUCACUGCCGCUAAUUGCAAUACUGUAGUAUCGUUCAAGACUAAAGAAAAAAGGAGACAGACUUGGUGUGGCACUGGUGGAUUUAAUAAAUUAGAUAAUACAUCUUUACUUGCACAAAUGUGCUCGCAUUUAUCACCAAUCAAGGAAAUAUCACCUAUCAAAUCACAUAUUAGAUAUAAAUCGGAUACUACUAUAGAUUCAUCAUUCCAAAUAGCCUUUGCCGAUUUUGAGCUGGAACUUAUGAAUAGUGAAGCAAAUCGUGACGAAGACAUCAGUAGCGAUGAGGAUCCAUUUGUUACAUAUCGUGACAAACACCGCGUAAAAUUUACCGAUGAUGUAAUUGUCAAAUCACCUAUAAACUAUAGCAACGAUAACAUCACAUUUGAUAAAAUUGAGGCGUCCACUCAAACUGUAAGCAAUAACUCACCCGAUACACCAAAGCAUACUCUGCGAGAUAGAAUCCGUAAUUUGACGGAAGAAUAUUCAGAGCUUAAGGAAUUCACAACCUUGGAAAAACAGCUACAUUGCGAAGACCAUUUAUCUGAACUCCAGGAAAAACGUUCACAGUUUAAAAAGCAAUUGGAAAAUGUUACAUCUGAUAAGGACGCUUUCGAACAUAUAGCAUCUAAACUUCGUAAAAAGUUAACUGCAGCUGAAUUACAAUAUACUUUAGCAGAAGAUCUAUUAAACGUUCAAGCAGUAGAGUUAGAGAGAAUACCAGAUUUAGAAAAAAAAAUUGCGCAGUUGUCUGCACAAAAAAUAGAGGUGCCAAACGUUCCUGAUCUAUACAAACAGAUAGCUGUUCUUAUAGCUGAAAAAGAUAGAUACGAACAUGUGGCAUCUGAACUGCGAAAAAAACUUAAUGAAGCCGAACAACGCAAUAUUAUAUUAGAAGAUAAAUUAACACGAAAUGUAGAAUUAGAAAUACCAUCUAUUCAAACUUUGUCGAAUAAUGAGAUCAUUUCAUCUGAAAAAGAUGAACUGCAAUGUAAAAUAACUGAUCUGCAAAAUAAGCUAAUAACAGAAGCAGAGUCAAACAAUAAUUCGAUAAAAGAUAAACUGGAGGAGCAACAACAAAUGCUACAAAAUCUUGAAGAAGAAAAAAAUAUAGUUGAUAUAGACGAUUUAUCGAUUACGAAGAUGUCUUUAGACGAUAGUGCUAAGUUAUCUCCAGAUCUUGUUUCAAAAAAUCAGGAAUUAGAUGAAAUAAAGCACAUUGUGCAAAGCUUGAAAGUAGACAUAGAAAACUUGCAACAAACUGUAUAUUUAUUAACAACCGAGAACAGCGAAUUGGCAAAUAAAUUAGCAACAGAAAAGGAAUGUAACGAGAAAUCGGCUAUUUACUAUCAGCAGACUAUCGAUGAGCUUUACGAGCGAAACUCAAAGAUAAUGGAUGAAAAACUCGAGCUCGAGAAUAAUUUAACAAAUCUUAAUGAACAAUUAGAAACUCUUCGCUCGAGGAUGCCUGAGAUAAACUUAAACGAAGAGCAGAUAAUUCAAAAGUAUGAAAAACAGAUCAGUGAAUUUCAGGCAAGAAAUAUAGAAUUGUUGUCCCAUAUCACAGACCGAACGAAAGAGCUUGAAAUGUUGAAAGAGAGUAAGUCGCUUUUGUAUGAACACGAUUGUAUAUAUAAAGAUAAAUUAACGAAUCUAACGGAGAAACAUAAGCAUUUAAUAGCUGAAAACGGUGAUCUUUCCACUAAUUUAAUGGAUAAAAUCGAGGAAAACGAAGGAUUAAAACAAGAAUGUGAUAUUCUAAAAAACAAACUAGAAUUAUCACUGAAAAAUAAAGAGAGCAUUGGUAACAAUGAUGUGGAGCAGUUGAGAAUGGAGAAUACUGUAUUGAAAACCGAGCUGAUGGAACUCAAAACUAACUUAAAAGUUUUAACCGAAGAAAAUUCGAAAAUAUCCAGUCAAUUAAUAGAAACUAUAGAAGAUUUAGAUAAUGCACGAAAACUCAAUUCUGACAACAAUACCAUGCAUUUGUCGACAUUAUUUAAUAGUACCUUGAUGACUGAUGCAAUGGAUAAAUCUGCGUUAGAUGAUGAUGCUGAAACACAAAUCGUAAAUCUGCAAGAGGAAGUUAAUCAUCUCACAAAUCUCAACAGAAAACUGAGCAAUCUAAAAUUAGGUACCUGUACACAAUGUAGCCACUUGAAUGAGUUAAACGAAAAUCGAAGAAUGCUGAAGCUCGAAGUAAAAACUCUUAAUCGUAAAUUGGAAAACUUGCAGAGGAAAUUCUCUAGCAAAUCCGCAAAGAGUGACGCGCUCAUAUUGAAGGCCAAAGAAGAUUUAAACGUAAGUGCGUAUAACUUGUCUCUUAAUGCCAGUUUUUCGGAGAACAUGAAUGUCACUUGCGUUGAGGAAAGACUUCAAUCUCUAAAUAACGAAUUACAAAUUUUGAAAGAAGAUCAUGAUAAGCUAUCGGAUUUAUAUAAAGAGAAAUGUAAUGAAGUCGAAGAAUUACAGAAUAGCACCAUCACGGAUUCAUCAUCGACUGAUGACAAGAAUUUCAGCAUAAAGAAGUUCCCAAGUAGAACUUCGUUAAGACUAGAAAAUAUCGUGAAAGUUAUGAACGAUUUACAAAAUGAUUUCAAGACGAUAAAGGAGAACAACGAAAGUGUCAAGUCAGAUCUUACCAAGUUCAUUAACGAAAAAGAAAGAAUGCUAUUGGAUGAAAUUAAUACUUUGAAGACCAUUAAUGACGAAUUGUUGCAGAAAUUGUCGGAAAGUGAACUCUUGCAUGCUAUUACGUUGGAGAAAGCCGAUAUUCUUGAAAAUGAGGUACAAGAUAUGACAAAAAAAUUGCAGGAGUUUACUAUAAAAUAUAAAGAAGUUGAAAAUGCAAAGUUGCUUUUUGAGGUUGAAGUAGAUAGCUUGAAGGAAGACAAAUUGAUGAAAGAGCAAACAGCAAACGAAUUACGUCAAAGCCAUUCCUGUCUGGAACAGGAAUUAAAUUUAAUAAAGAAAGAGAAAGAAGAGCUUAACAACGACUUUAUUCUUUUGGAACAAGAAUAUAAUAUAAAGAAUGAAAAACUAGAUUCACUAAAAGCAAUGAACGACAAGUUAACCAGCUCUAAAGCAGCUCUCUCACUGGAACUCACUAAUUGUAUUAAAGAAUCAGAAAAUAGAUUGAUGGAACUUAAUGAAAAAAUAAAUAAAUGCAAUUCCGAAAACGAUUAUCUAAAACAGGAACUGAUCAAGCUACGCGACAUAGAAAAUAAAUUUGAGAAGAUGAAAACUGAAUAUCAGUCUCUGUCACAGCAAGAUAAAACAUUAGCUGAUGAUAACAAGAAGCUCAAAAAUGUAUUGAAUGACAGUUCUAAGAACAUAAUUAAGGAAAUAAAAUCUCUCGAACCUAAAGUCGAUACUCAGAAAUUUGUGGAUAAAUCAGUGGAUGAGCUGUUCCAGAUAUUUAUGCAAACUAUUUUGAUGAAAGAGAAGGAAGUAAUAAAAACUAUGCGGGAGAAUUUCGAUAAGGAGAAGCAAAAGCUCGAAGAUGAAAAGCGGCAGAGUGUAGACUCGGAGAAACGUACAUUGCUGUGGGUGAAAAAACUAGAGUGUGAGAUAGAGAAACUUCAAAAGGAUCUAUCCGAGCGAGAAAUUGCAUCCGAGGACUUACAGAAAGAAAUUACACAUUUAGGACACCUUUUGGAAGAAAGUAAUCGCGAUAGAGAGAUAUUGAGAGAGAAGAAUAGCCUACUUGAGACGGAUCUCAACAAUUUACAAAUUGAAUAUAAUAAAUAUUCUAAGAUCGACACGGCGAAUGAAGAAGCCAUUGUUAUCGCACAGAAACGAGAAAAGCAAGCGCAAGAGACGAUCAGAAAUAAAGAAUCAGAAUUUCAGAGGCAGUUGAAAUUCGAAUUAGAAAAGGAGGCAUACAACCAUAAACGAAUUGAAAAUCUCAUGUGCACGAUAGAGUUGUUUAAAACGAAAAACAUGGAACUGACAAAUAGCAUUGAAGGCCUCGAAGUUAAUCGAAAGCAACUGAAGAAUAUCAUCGACUUGAAAAGUAACGAAUUAAUGAAAAGCAAUCAAAUCAAUCAGAAAAUGCAGGCCGAAUUGGAGCAGCUAACGGAAACUUACAACGAUUUGCAUAAAGAACUGGAAGAGAAAAAGUUAUGUAUCGCGGAAAUCAAGGAACUUCUGAAAACUAAGUGCGAUGAGCUGACAGAGUAUAAAAUUAAUCUGGAGACGAUCGUGCCCGAAAACAAGCUGCUGAAGCAACAGAUUAGUGAACGGAAAGCCACCAUAGAGCAGUACAAGGUGGAAAUAGAGACUCUGAAAAUGGAAAAUAAAAAGGAGAUUGACGCGAUUAAAGAUCAAUUGAACUUUGAAGAGCUAAAGAGCAUGGAGCUAAACAAACAGACAGCUGAAUCAAAUAAUAAACACAUGGCUUUGAUAGAAGAGAUGAAUGCUUUGAGGGACAACUACACAACGUUAAAACAUAAGUGCGCGAUGUUAGAAAAGCGAGUCAUGAACAGUACGAGUAAAGCCCAAGCGGAAGAACAAAUGGAAGAACUGAAAGACUUGAACAGGUCUUUGCGAAAUAAUUUGGACGGUGCUAGCAAUCGAAUAACGGAGUUGCAGGCUGUGAAAACCGAUCUGAUGAACCAAGUGAUUACUUUAAGCAGUCAAUAUAAUGCGGCGUGCAAGGACAAUCAAAAAUUAAAGGAAACACUAUCAUCGUCCAGACAUAACGAUACAUAUACUGCCUGCGAGAAGUACGACAAUUUGUUACAAGAGAAAAACAAAAUUGCAUUAGAACUGGAAGCAACGAAAGUUCAGUUGAAUCAGAAAAACAAAGAUAUCGAGAAUUAUCUCCACGAGAUAAAGGAGUUGAACGAAAAAAACACGGAACUUGAUAAAGAAUUAGACGAGUUGGCGGCUGUUAUUUGCGAGUACGACGCAAGUAAUGCGAUAUUUCAAGAUAAGUAUUAUACAUGUCGUGCUGAAGCUGACGAGCUACAAGACAAGAUAAAAACUCUUGAGAAGAAAACUCAAAUUAAUCUGUUGCAAACAAACACGUCCUCCAACAAGGCCGAAAAGUUUCACGAUGAUGAAUGUAGUUGCGCAAUAUUGAAUAACAAAAUACGGGAGUUGCAGUUAGAGGUAGUAUCAAAGAAUGGAAAGAUCGCAACGUUAGAACUGCAAAUACGUAGCGGAAGUUUCCCUUAUCAAAUGAAGUGUAAAGAACUACAGGAACACCUAUCAGCAUAUAGUAACAAAAAUAGCGAGCUGAAAGCGGAAAUUAAGCGAUUGCAGAUGGCUAUGAUACGUAUAAGUGUAAAGGAAUGCGAUGUAUGUGAACAGAGACUAAUAAACAGGAGACAUCAGGCAUGCCAAACAAUGCCGGAAAUAUUGAAAUUUUGUGGCACGAGCAGCGGCGUAAUCGAUGACGAGAUAAGAAUAACGAAAUUGGAGAAGGAGAAACAGAUCAUGAGGGACGUGUGUCGAACUAGAUCAAAGACUAUAAAGGAACUCGAGAAGCAAAUAGAAGAAUACGAAAAAUUAUUAAAUUCGAAAAAUUCAUGAUUUGC